AUAUUGUUUGUACUCCAGAUGGCUCUUGUAUUGUAGCAUUAGUUGAAGAAAAUAUAUCAAAUACAUCAGACGAAAAUGUAUUAGGUGAAGAUAUUUCGCACGAGUCUAAUGAACAGGAUAAUGAAUCUGAAAUAUCAACUAGCGAUACAGCUUCAAAUAGUGAUACAGAAGAUUCUGCCGAUGAGUCUACUGGUGCACAUGAAUCGGUAGUAAAACGUGCAUAUAUUUAUUUUUGUUCAGGUUUUGGAAGACCAGCUAGUAAAG